AUGUUGGGCCUGGCUUGUUUUGUGAUCGUGCUGAGGAUCGCAAACUGUGCGGCAUCAUCCCCGAACAUAGUUUUGAUUGUGAUCGACGAUCUUGGUUGGGACGAUAUCAGUCUCCAUGGCAGUGAUCAGAUUCCCACGCCGAACAUAGACAAACUCGCCGCAGAAGGUGUUCUACUGGAGAAUUACUACACUCAAGCAAUAUGUACGCCGUCCCGUGGAGCUUUAAUGACCGGCAAAUAUCCAAUCCAUCUCGGACUGCAAUACGAUGUUAUUCAGGGAGCACAGCCUUAUGGCUUACCCACAGACUUCAAGAUCAUGCCUCAAUACCUAUCAGGUACUUGCUACAAGAGUCAUAUCAUCGGGAAGUGGCAUCUGGGACACAGUCGCUCCGAGUUGCUCCCGACUCGAAGGGGUUUCCACAGCCACUUCGGAUUCAGACUCGGUCACAGCGACUACUUCAACCAUUGGGGUGAAGAAUCUUCGCCCGUGAAGAACGAAAUGUAUGCCGGACUCGACCUCUGGAGUAAUGAAGUUCCGAUCAAAAAGUACCAUGGGACAUACGCGAAUGAUCUCUUCACGAAGCGUGCGAUCAGCAUCCUUGAGACGCACAACAAGACGACCCCGCUUUUCCUCUACCUCGCCCAUCAAGCCGUCCACGUGGGCGAUGGGGAAAAUCCUCUGCAAGCCCCCCUGAGCUUUGUGAAAAAGUUUGAGGGCAAGAUAUACGAUGAGAAAAGGAAACACUACGCUGCGAUGGUAUCCGCAAUGGAUGCGUCGAUAGGUGAGCUCAUGCAUGGUAUCUCGACGAAUGGUUUCGCUGAGAAUACCAUCAUCUUCCUCACGAAUGACAACGGCGGACCAACCAACGGCAUGGCAUCCAGUGGAUCUUCGAAUCAUCCUCUACGAGGUUGCAAGUACACGCUAUGGGAGGGAGGCACUCGAGGGAGCGCGCUUUUCUGGUAUCCCAAAAAGCUCGGAGCGGGAACGUAUAAGGGCAUGGCUCACAUCACGGACGUCCUCCCGACGCUUCUGACAGCCUCGGGCAAUGCCGUUGCCGGCAAUUUCGACGGCUACGAUCUUUGGGAUGCGCUCUCGACCAACGCUCAACCACGCAAAGACCUUCUCUAUAAUAUCGACCCGGUGACGCAUUCGUGGGCUGUCCGCUCUGGAGACUUCAAAUUGAUCACCGAUAAUGCCUUGAAUGGAGAGUAUUCCGGAUGGUAUCCGACGGUGGAGUCGGUGAAUUUGACCCGUACAGUCAAAUGUGGGUCUGCGUCUAAAGCGUGUGACGGUUCCAAGCGGCCAUGUCUUUUCAACUUAGCCGCGGACCCGUGCGAAGAGAACGACAUUUUCGACGAACGCCCCGAUAUGGUCAGGAAGCUGAUGGUUAAGCUCAAUGAAUAUCAGACGAGUAUGCGACCCAUGGAAAAUAGGCCGAAUUCAGCAGCGGCCGACCCAGCGAGGUUCGAUUUCGUGUGGAUGCCUUGGGAGGAUUACGAGCUUGGCGGUCUACAGAACCCCCAGCGACGCUCUCAAUAA